AUGGGCAAGAGAAACAUCUCACAAAUAUCCGACGAAGGAUACAACUCCGACCGAUCAGAAAGAGCCGCAGAGACUACUACCGAGAAGAUCCGAGUUUUGUCAAGAGAGAAUCGAAUCUUCAAGGAAAAGUAUUUUGUCGAAAAAGUCAUCAACAAUUCCGCAAAUGGCAUCAUCUACAAAGGCUUCAGAAAGGAGGAUAAAAUCCCAGUUUGCGUGAAACAAGUCCCAAAGUCAAAAGUGGGAACAUGGUCAGAAAUUUCCGGACGAGUUGUUCCAAACGAGUUCAAAAUGCAUCUCGAUGCUGAAAAGUGCGAAGGAGUCGUUCAAGUGCUUGAUUGGUUUGAACGCAAAUCAAGCUUCGUUUGUGUGAUGGAACGACCAGAGAACUCAGUGGAUUUAUUCGAACUCUCCUCGCGCCUCGGUGCUUUUUCAGAAGAUCCUGCGCGCAUCAUCUUCUCACAGAUUGUCUCGACCUGCUCCAAACUGCACGAAGCUGGAAUCCUCCACCGCGAUAUCAAAGACGAAAACAUCCUCGUCGACGUCGACACCCUCGAAACAAAGAUCAUCGAUUUCGGCUGCGCAACAACUUUCAAAAAAGACGACAAACUGACAGAAAUCGCCGGCACUCCCGAGUUCUUUCCUCCCGAAGUCUACACCACUGGCGUCUACUCUCCAGAAUCCUGCACUGUCUGGAGUCUGGGAGCUCUCCUUUUUGUGAUGCUUGUCGGCGACUUGCCAUUUCAGACAUCGGAGGAGAUAACGAAACGAGUGUUUCGUUACCCGAUCACAAGCUUAUCGGAAGACGCUCAAAGCCUGCUCAAGAAAAUGAUGUCGCUGAAUCCUGCUCAUCGACCAACACUUGCUCAACUCGCGGAGGAUAAAUGGCUCAAGACGGAGUAA